UCGCUCCAUUGCAUACCGAUCAGUGAACAAAGCUACAAAUUUAUUGAAAUAAAAAUAAAUAAAUUACAAUGAAGUUGUUAAUUGAAUUUAUCUUCGCUUCGUGUCUGAUCGCGAGUAUUUCUGCCGCUGCUGUGCCGAAUAGAAUCUUCGAGCGUGACGCCGGAAGUGAUUAUGCCGAGCCAGCCGCCAGUGAAAUAGACGACGUCGGACCCGCGGCCAGUGAAAUAGACGCAGAAGGCCCGGAACUAGUCAGAGAACGUCGGCUAACCUGCGAUUUGUUCUCCUUCCAAUCACAGUGGGUCUCGCCUAAUCACUCAGCUUGCGCCGCGAAAUGCAUCGCUCAAGGAAAACGCGGCGGGUCUUGCUCAAAUGGAGUUUGUAAUUGCAGAGGCAAAUGGUGGGGUAAAUAAUUGAGGUUUUUCAUCGGCUCUAUGUUCACUUUGGUCACCGGAUAGUCAAUUUUAUUACAUAUGAUUAUUAUUAUCAAAUAUUAUAACAAAAAAAUAUACUUUAGAGGAUUUUACUUGUUCAUUUUUUGAUAUUUUACAAGGAUUUAUCUCUUAUAGUAUGCUUCGCUCCCUUUUUUAUUAAUUUUUGCCCCUUCCCGCUUUUUUUUUAAUUAGAAAUAAUUAAUAUUAUUAAUAUAACAGACUUUUACGAAUUUUUAAGCCUCACUUGUGUGAAGAAAAAAAUUUUAGUAAUUUUUUACUUGAAGAUUAUCAAUUGUUUGCUAUUUUUAGUAGUAUAAGAAAGCAAUGUACCAAAAAUAAUAAAAAUUUGAGUAAUUAA